AUGGCAUGGGCAAUUGAUAUCCCAUGCAUCCCUCAGAUCCCUCUUGGGUGGGAAAGGAAUAUUACUCUAAGGAAUGAACAGAGCACGAGAUUCGCUGAUGUGUACUAUAUCUCUCCCGCAGGCAUAAAAAUAAGAUCCAAGAAAGAGGUCGGAAGGUAUCUUGAAGACAACCCAAACUAUGCUGUCGAUUUACAUUUAUCUCAGUUUUCGUUCAAGGUACCUAAACCUCCAAAUUGCCCUCGCCAGUCAAAGCUUAUUGAACCAACUGAAGUGCCACCUCCGGUUCACGAGGAUCCCGUGCACAACUACAUGCCGGUCCCUCAUGGAGAAGCCAAUCCUGUAACUCACAUACCAGUGACACUAGCUCUACAAGUAUCAGUGAUGCUCUCCAAAAAGAGAAAACUAAACCAGUGA